AUGGAGGUUGAUGCACUUCAAAGAAAAGGGCCAAAGGGCAAGGGCAAGAAGGGCAAAGAGCAUAAAGGCAAAGGUGGACAGCAACCGCAUGUUCCUUACGGUGGCAAGGGCAAGGCCAAAGAAGGCAAGCAAAAGGGCAAGAACAAGGGCAAAGAGCAUAAAGGCAAAGGUGGACAGCAGCCGCAGAAUCCUGGUGCCAAGGGCUCCCGUGCAAAUGUAGUUUGCCACAAUUGCCAGCGCAAGGGUCAUUAUGCUAGUGAGUGCUGGCGUCCUCGUGUGCAGCAAGUCCAGGCACAGGGUUCAGAGACAGCGUCCACCGUUGGAGCGCCUAGCACAGUUGGUCCUUCAGCAUCGCAGGUCGCCGGCAGCACUGCUACCACCGCGAAGCGUGUUGCUAGAGUUGAGAUAGACAUGACUUCCAGUGCGUUUCAGGACGAUGCAGAGAGCAGCGGCCACGUGUGUGUUUUGACAAAAGUGUGCCCUGAGGACCCAGCUGCACAGCCGAGUUUUGCUUCACUGUGUAAGUCUUUGGCGUCUGCAUGCAUUGACCCUUUGAAGCCACAUGUUCUUGUGCCAGUGCCCGAGACUGAAGUGUUCGACAUGUCAUAUUCGGACAGUGACUGUGUCUGGACAGUGCCAGAUGAGAUGCAUGGAGCCACAUGUGUUGGUUGGUUGAGCAGUGCACGUGAUUCUGAGUAUGUGAAGUGCAAGGCGCCAGCCCGCAACCGUGCAAGGCCAAGUAGGCGAUCACGGCCGCCACUGCAGUGCGAGCCGAUGUUGCAUCCAUGCGAAACCGCCGCUGAGCACCUUGUGACCCCACCUGUGCAUCCACUUCAGGACCUCAGUGUGUGUGCAGUGUCAUGGGCAGACAUGAGCAACGAGAUUGAGGUUGUGGUCGACUCUGGGUCGGAUGCCUCAUGCUUGCCGCUGUCCUGGGCACACGUCGGAAGGGCUGAUGGAGCGAGCCUUGAUAAUUUCAGGGAUGCCCAGGGUCGCAUGAUUAGGGGUUCGCAAAUGCGUACGGCAGUGCUUCAGAUUGAUGGUGUUCAAUUCAAGGAGCGGUGGCUGUUGAGCAGUGUGACACAGCCGCUUUUCAGUGUCGGCAAGUUGCUCAGGCGGGGAUGGGACAUCAUCCACCAUGACGGUGUUCCUUACUUGACAAAUCCUGGGGGCACAGUGCGUGUACCUAUGCACUACCGGCAUAAUUCCUUGCAUGCAAGAGGCUCCAUCAUGAGCGUGGUAAUGUGUGCCAACGACUGUUUGAGCGAUGACAGAGAGGACGAUGCAGCCCGACACCACGAGCCCCAGGAAGCCGAGCUUGAUGAUGAGCAGGUGCACGGCAAUGACCAGCAGGUCGAGGUGCCCCAGAGUGCUGAAGCAGACGGCCCUGAUGCGGCUGCGGUUCGUGCGCUUAAGCUUGGCAGUGCAUGGCUGAACCUGGGUAGCCAAUACACCGAGAUGCAGCCUGGAAUCUUUGCUAGGCAAGAUCAGUCGGAUCGGUUUCUUGAUGUGUCAUACGAUGGUGCCGAAUGGAAACUGAUUGAAAUCAACUGCUUGAUCAGCCUCUUCGAUGAUCUUGAGAAGGAGUUUGAGCCUAAAGGGUCCCGCCACAUCAUCACCAUUGGCUCUGUUCAUCCCUUGCAAGUAGAAAAGCUGUUUGAUCAUCAGCCUGUAGCGUGGAACGAUGACAGUUAUGAUGGCGAGUAUGCUGAUGCACCGCCUGAUGAAAACAUGAUUGAGGAGGAUGAAAAGGCUGAGGAUGUUGAUGACGGUAGCGGUGUAGGACCCGUGUCUCCCGCCGAAGUUCUUGGAAUAGGCAAGUCCGGAGGAAAGCACACGGUCUUUGCGAGGAUCGAGCAGCACUUGAAAACCCAGGAGUUGCUGCAACAACAUGCUUUCCAGACUGAUGGUGUGCCAUUGCCGCUUGAACAAAAGUUUGUCGAAGAGCCAACUGCAGAGCAGAAGCGACGGCACGAGCUCAGUCAUGUGCCAUAUGCCGAUUGGUGCCCACACUGUGUGAAGUUCCGCGCCAAAGCCGACAAACAUGUGUCGAGCAAACCCGAGCUGCGGGACGAUUCCGUAUGCAGCUUCGAUUUUGCUUAUACAGGACGGAGCAGCCCAGCUGAGUUUGAAGGUGCAUCAAAGGACAAGCUUGUUUGCCUUGUGAUCAAGGACUCCCACACGGGAGCGAUGCAUGCUGUGCCAACGCCAGCCAAGGGCGGACCGAUUGCGUUCAAGUAUCUUGUUGCCGAAGUUUGUCGGUUCUUGAAUUACUGUGGGCAUGAGUCCGUCACGAUCAGGUCUGACGGUGAGCCAGCUUGCUUAGCACUUCAGCAGGGCAUCAAAGCUUUUAGGACCAAGAUGGGGUUGCGCACCCACUUAGAACAGACCGAGCCAGGUGAUCACCAGUCAAACGCUUCGGAACAAGCCAUUGAUAGCAUUCGGCAGCUUGCAGGAUGCAUUCUUGACCAGUUUGAGGAGCGUGCCCAGACAACUGUAGGUGCAAUGCACCCAAUGCACGGCUAUGCUUGGAGACACGCGGCAUGGCUUCACAUGCGAAUGUCGCGGCACAACGACCUCAGUGCGUUUCAAGUGAUCAAUGGCCGGCCAUAUGCAGGGUCCGUUAGGCGGUUGCCAACGCAAUAUGAUUCAUCCUUGUUUGCCAAGCUGCGCGACAUGCCGUGGAGCCAAGCGUCUUUUCUUGCAGGCCAAGUUGGUCAAGCACGUAAGCAGAAAACGCUGCAGGGUGAUGAGGAUGCCGGAACCGAGCCUCAGGUUGAGCAGCAAGCCGAAGUGCCUUCACAAGCGGGUGCUGCGGAGAAUCCUUUGCCGUUUCCGGGUCAUUUGUUGCCCGACGAUGCAAUGUUGCAAGAGUUUGUGCCACCGCUGCCACGAGAGCCAGUGUUGCAUUCACCUGAGCCUCCCACGCCUGUAGCAGCCACUCCAGGGCAGCAAGCAGAGACUCCGAUGCAAGUUGAAACGGCCUCGCCACUUGUGUCGUUUGAUGAUGGGCCUGGGAUUGCUUCUUCGUCCUCUGGGAUAGCACGGCCUGCGACUGAGGAAGCAGGCGGGGAAGCUCCAGCCCGAAAGAAACUUCGUCUUGAUGCUGUUCAGACAAGUGCAUAUGACUGUGAGAUGUUCCAUCAUGAUGAGGCUCCAGAGCUUCUUGAUGAAAGUGCAGAGCAGUUUCUUGACUGUCAGGAUGAGUCCAUUUGGGACACCGAGGAUUGGGCUGAUGACUCAGCCAAUGCGCCCGACAUCCCGAGUAUUUUGAUUAAGCCUUUCAGUGAAACUGAGCCAGUGUGCGAUGCAUCCGAGCUUGAAGCCAUUGAUGCUGCAGCAGAUUCCUUUGAGCUUGAGCGGUUGACAAAAGCCGGUGUUCUUGAACAAAGUGAGUCCUGGCUUGAAGGGCAUCGGACAUUGUCUUCAAAGUACGUUCGCACCUGGAGGCUUAAAGUGAUCAAUCAGGAGCGCGUUUGGUUGCGCAGAGCCAGGUUGGUGGCGCGAGAGUUUGCGCAUCUAGAUCCGGGCAGGCAACACUUGUUUGCACCGACGACGACCCAGUGCAUGCUGAGAAUCGUUCCAUCGCUUUUCAUUCGCAACUUUGGGGACGGUUGGUCCCUACUGAGUCUUGAUAUGUCUGACGCUUUCUUGCAGUGCAAGCAACAGCAUGAUACUUUGACAAAAGUUGAUGGAAAAUGGUAUAAACUUUUCCGAAUGCUGCCUGGGCAACGGGACGGAUCUGCUACCUGGUUUCAAGAUUUUAUGUGUGAAAUCCGAGCAGCUGUUGCUGCUGAGCCAUUGGCAGAGCAGCCAGUGUUGUUUCGCAUCCCACAUGCGGAAGGCAACCACAUGUGCCAAGGAGGUGGAAUGGUGCAUGUAGACGACAUGCUUGCAGCAGGAUUGACUGCACGCCUUCAGGAGCUUGAGAAUCACUUGAAGUCAAAGUUCAAGGUGUCCAGUGAAUGGAUCCGCCAAGUAGGCGACGAGGUUUCCUUCUUGAAGCGGUCGCUUGGGAAUCGCCAAGGAGUCGGACGGACUCGCCACAUCGACGGAAAGCUGUUAUGGCUUCAGCAGAUGACUCAGGAAAAGAUGCUGGACAUUUCACCGGUUGGAACCGCAGAGAAUGUUGCUGGCCUUCCCACGAAGCCGCUAAAGCCGGACAGAGUUGAGUUCAUCCUUGCACGUUUGAAUGUUCGCGACAAGGACUGCGGCUAUGCUUUGGUUGGGAACGCCCACUUGCUUGAUCACAGGACGCGACAUCAUGUGAGUCGUGUUGUGAAGCGAGGAGCAGUUAACCCGCAGCUUGUGCUUCAGAUCCUUGCAUUGGCUUUGCAAGCAGAUUCUGUCGCCAGUGCCGAUGAUGAGCCCAAUACGCAUGACGAUGACGCCUUGAGCCAGGGGACUGGCGAGCAUGGUUACGGGGAGAUGUUUUGGAAUUUUCUUGAACAGUUGCUGUAUGCGAUUUUCUUGAUUGCUGAUUUCCUUGCAGAGCAUCCCAUGAUGAGUUUCGUUUUGAGCCAAUGCGUUAUCAUUGCAGUGCUGUGUGGUAUCUUCUUGUGCCGCGGAAGCAGGCCAGAAAAAGAGAAGGCGAAUGAGGCAGCAGCGUCGUGCAACGAGGUUCGCUUUCUGAGGUCAGCAUGUCGAGGAGUCGAGGAGGUGCGACCGGACUUCGAAGAUCUGGUCAUCUACCGGCACUUCACAUACAAGGAAAACGACAUGACCUUGACAUUGACGAAUUAUAAGGAGGUGCCAGAGGCGGAAGUGGUGGCCUCCUCUGUUCUUGGGCCAGAGGAAAGCAUAAGCCAGGUGAUGAUGAGGCAAGGCCAAGGUGGCGAACCGCGCCAGCCCAAGCGGCAGCCAAGAAAGAAACAGGCAGCCGACCCCGUCUACAAAGGCAGGGAUACGUUGCACCCGGCCCAGACACGAUCGCGGCCCAGCGGCGGCGCCGGACAGCCAAGCUUCCGGGUCUGCCACGAGCUCUGGCCGGGGCAGGCGGACGGAGCUUCUUGCGAACUUCCUUCAGAGUAUGGCAAGUUUGGUGAGGGAUAUCCAAUGCCAAAGCAGGGUCGUCACCAAGCGGCCGCUAGUCCGCUGGUGGGCCCGAGCGCCGGGCACGGUGGCCCAGGUGGCACGGUGACCGUGCCUCCACAGCCAGCUUUGGAGCCCAAUGCAUGGAUGCAUUCGGGUGCCACUCUUGUGGCAGACCUUGGCCUAGCCCUAGCUGCCUAG